GUGCCCUGCAGCUACAGUUCUUGAGAAGCCGUGAACGCAGCGCUGUCGCUCCCUGCAGUCACAGUCGUUACUUUUCCGAGGGGCCUGAAACGCAGCGUGAGUUUUGACAGGCUCGUCGGUUUAGCAUGACAUCAGGAAGCUAACAGCAGCAGCACUUUGGUGUUUUUAUUGACGGUGUCAGUCAGAAAAUCACCGGGAAAAGACGUCCGACGACAGGACAGGUCUCCGUUUUUCAGUGACACAGCAGGACCGAGGACAGAAAUGUGUCCGAGAUAAUCUCUUGGAGCCACACCCUGACUCCUUCCUAAAUCCCAGGUGAUGAUGUCAUCGUCACCGCCGCGGUCUUCCUCCACCUUCCCCUCUGGGGCCCUCGUGCAGCCCUCAGCGGCUCUGGACUCUGUGUCUGUGUCCUCCCUCCUCUCUGGGGAUCUGGAUGAUGACGAUGGGGACGGAGGAAGAGGAGACGGGGAGGAGAGAAUGCUGGCAGAACUUGAAGUGAACCCAUAUGACGGUUUACCCUUCUCUUCACGUUACUUUGCACUGCUGGAAAAGAGACGGCGCUUUCCUGUUUGGAAGGUCAGGCAGAGCUUUCUGGAGCACCUGGAGAGUCACAGCAUAGUGCUGCUCAGCGCACCCAGUGGAAGUGGAAAAAGCACCCAGGUAACCACGGCAAUGGAGACGACCAGUACACCCUGCACAAAGUGGCGCACAGUGCAACUGUCGGUGCAGGUGCCGCAGUGGUGUGUGGAGUACGCGUUGUCGUAUGAGUUUUCUCAGGGCCUGGUGUGUUGCUCCCAGCCCUACGCGGUAUCUGCCAUGAGUCUGGCCUUAUGUGUGGCAGAUGAGAUGGACCUCAGCCUGGGUCUGGAGGUGGGCUACAGGGUGGCACAUGAUGACAGCUGCACAACCGACACCCUUCUCAGAUUUGUCAGUGACACCCUCCUACUUGAAGAAAUGAUGUCGGGCCCUCUGUUGCAUCAGUAUGGUGUCGUGGUGUUGGAUGAGGUCCAGGAGCGCACCGUAGCGACCGACGUGCUGCUGGGCCUCCUGUGCGAUGUCUGCCGCCAGAGGCCAGACAACUUCCGGGUGGUUCUCCUCACUCACCCUACACUCGCACCGCGGCUCGCCGACUUUCUUGGAUCCACCGUGCCUCUACUCUCUCUGGACAGCCAAAUCAGUAACGCCCCACCCGGGACCCAGGAGGAGGGAUCAGAGGUCAGGGUGGAAGAGCCUAGAGAACUAGGAAAGGUGGAGACAGUGUACCGGGAGCUUUCAUCUGGGAAGGAACCCACUGCUGCUGCCGCCUGUCACAUGGUGUUUGAUCUACAUCGCAGAGGCGAGGAGGGUGAUGUGAUGGUGUUUCUGGCGAGCACUCAGGAAAUAGAAGAGUGUGCGGCUCUGCUGGAGAAGGAGUGUGUAGCUUUGAGUCCUCAGCUGGGUCUCCUCCGGAUCCUCCCCCUCCAUGCUGGACUGGGUGCACUGACCCAGUGUGUGUAUGAAUCUGAGCCUGAGGAGUCGGUACUGAGGGAGAAUGACGGCUCUCAGAGUGCAGGCGGUUGUCGGUUGGCGAUCAGGAGGAAGGUCGUGCUUACCAGUACCCUGGCAGAGGCUUCCUUUUCCCUGCCAGGCAUUCGCUAUGUGAUCGACACGGGCAUUCAGCUAAAAACUGUUUACAAUCCACAAAUAAGAGCAAACUCACAAGUCCUGAAGACGAUCAGCAAACAUCAGGCUGAAAUGAGAACUCAGAGGAUCAACAGCCACCUUCCAGGUUUGUGUGUUCGUCUGUACCCAGAGUCGCUGUACGAGGACGGGAUGGAGGAGGCCCACUGUCCAGGAGUGGUGGAGGAAAACCUCAGUCAUCUGGUGCUUCUUCUCAAAAGGCUAGACAUUGCUGACAUGGGACAGUGCAAAUUCCUGGACAGACCAGCUCCCGAGGCUCUGAUGCAGGCUUUGGAGGACCUGGACUACCUGGCAGCACUGGAUGAUGAUGGUAACCUGUCUGAGGUCGGCAUCAUCAUGUCUGAGCUCCCUCUAGAGCCGCCGCUGGCUAAAGCCCUCAUUGCUGCGUGCGAGUACGACUGUGUGAACGAGCUGCUCACUGUUGCUGCUAUGCUCACAGCUCCCUCCUGUUUUGUGACUGUGGAACCCAGCAGGGAGGAGGCUGCCUUCACUCGCUGGCGACCUCUACUGCACACAGAAGGCGAUCACAUGACUCUAAUCAGCAUUUACAAUGCCUUUGUGAAAAAUAAUCAGGAUGAAGCGUGGUGCACAGAAAACUUCCUCAGCCAUGCUGCUUUACGAUUGGCUGUGGUGAUCAGGGCGGAGCUGCUAGAGGUGAUGCAGCGAAUCGAGCUUCCAGUUUCACCUCCUGCUUUUGGAUUCCAAAACAACUGCACAAAUAUCAAGCGCGCCCUCAUCUCAGGCUUCUUCUUGAAGGUAGCUCAUGAUGUGGACGGCUCAGGAAACUACCUGCUGCUAACUCACCGCCAUGUAACUCACCUGCAUCCGUUCUCCUCAUACCUGUGUCGCCAGCCGCGCCCCAACCCUCCCAGCUGGGUGCUGUACCAUGAAUUCACCAUUUCCAGGGAUAACUGCAUCCGCAUUGCUUCAGAGAUUCACCCUCAGAUGUUGGUUGAACUGGCGCCGCAGUACUACCUGGGAAAUCUGCCAUCGAGUGAUGGCAAAGAGCUGCUGAUGGAGCUGAGGCAGAGUCUAGACCCUCGAUAUGGGUCGGACCAGGAAGGAGCGUCUGAGGAGUGCAGCAGGACACACAGAGCCAGAGAGGCUGAUGGGAGUUCACAGUCUUCCAAUCAAUCCACCACUGAGCUGUGCGUGGUCCAGUGACCUCAAGUUGUGACACAGUGAUCAUGUUUCACUGCAUUAGACUGAACUUUGAUGGUUUGUGUGAUAUCCCCCCCACUGGAUUUAAAGUUGAAAACGAUGUACAGUGAUUUGUCUUUGUAUAUCAGAUGUACAGUGGGUUUGAAAAACACCUCUUUAUUUUCUCCAUUGUUGUCACACUAUUUUCUAAAUUUUAGAAUUUUAAAAGCAUUUUUUUAAAUCUACGUGGGGCAUCUGUUGAUUGUGGAGUGAUACUCAUAGAUUAUGACAUACAAAAAAAAAUUUAAAAAAUUGUAAAUUUGUUGAAAAGCUGAAUGAAGGUUGGACGUAUGUCACGGGCCGUGUGCCGGUUUUAUCAAAACACUACUGCAAUAAGUUAACAAUGCAUCCAUGAGAGCACAGAUGACUUUUAACCUCAAUGUUGAAGAGCCGUGCACAGAAGUGGAGCUGUGCACUUUUUGGUGCUCACUUCUGCUCCAGUAAUU